CGGCCUUUAUUGGGAAGGUUGGUGAAGAUGAGUUUGGAUACAUGUUGGCUGAUAUACUGAAGGAAAAUAAUGUGAAUAACCAAGGAAUACGUUUUGAUCCUGGUGCUAGAACAGCUUUGGCUUUUGUCACGUUGAAAAGUGACGGUGAGCGUGAAUUCAUGUUUUAUCGUAAUCCCAGUGCUGAUAUGUUGCUUCAAGAAGAAGAGCUUGACCUUGAUAUCAUAAAGAAGGCAAAAAUCUUUCACUAUGGAUCUAUAAGUCUUAUCACAGAACCAUGUAAAUCAGCACAUAUUGCAGCAGCUAAAGCUGCUAGGGAUGCUGGAGCUCUCCUAUCUUAUGAUCCGAAUCUUCGACUUCCACUAUGGCCAUCUGCUGAGAGUGCUAGAGAAGGAAUCUUAAGCAUAUGGGAUUUCGCUGAUAUAAUCAAGAUAAGUGAAGAAGAAAUCACCUUUUUAACUAAAGGUGAAGAUCCGUAUGAUGACAAUGUAGUCCGUAAACUUUUCCACCCAAACCUGAAAUUGCUCCUUGUCACUGAGGGCCCAGAUGGCUGCAGAUAUUAUUCUAAGGAAUUCCAUGGGAGGGUAAGUGGUGUAAAGGUGGAUCAAGUAGACACAACUGGUGCUGGUGAUGCUUUUGUUGCCGGAAUAUUAUCUCAGUUAGCUGCUGAUAUUUCCUUGCUUCAGGAUGAAGGUCGACUUAGAGAUGCUCUCAAGUUUGCAAAUGCAUGUGGAGCAUUGACAGUAAUGGGGAGAGGAGCUAUCCCAGCUUUGCCAACUAGACAAGCCGUGCUCGAUGCUUUGGUUAAUAUAGUUGUUUAGAUGAGCUGAUGUUGCAUUCUAUUAUUUUUCUUUGAGAUUUCUGCACGAUUGAACUGUUGCAAGUAAUGUCUUGUUUUUUGUUUCUCGAUGAAAGAUAAAAUUAUGUAUUAAGGACCGUAAAAUUAUUGACACUGCUAGAGAUCCCA